AUGGCUGAUAAAUGUGCUGUGACAACAACAACAUCUGAUAACUCUCUUUCCAGAGUCGACGAGGAUAUGAUCAAGGAGAUGGGCGCCGAAGCGGCGGCCGCCCAGUGGCUGAUUCGCAACGGCGCCAAAGUCAAGUGGGGCAAGAAUGGCGACAUGUUUGACGAUUACGACAAGCUAAUGAACAGCGAGGCAAGUCGAAGCAACUUCAUCUCGGAGAUUGACGCCACCAAUUCAAGCAUCACUCACGUCGGCUUUCCCUACCUGAAGAACCUCAAGUCAUUGCGAAAGAUCGUCUUCAAUGAGACCGAGUAUCUAGAGGACAAAGCGCUGCACCUUCUGGGUGAGUACCAGUUGCCCACUUUGAAGCAUCUGGAGGUGAUCAAGUGCCACGAUAUUACUGAUGACGGCGUACGAGCGCUGCAAAAGAUAAAGACGCUCAACUACCUCAAACUGCAGGGCCUGUCUUCGGUCACCAACAAGGCCGCCUGCAGUGAGCUGCUGGAGAAGGAGCUGACCAACUGUGAUGUUGACUGGGAUUGA